CAUCUCCUCCUUCAGCUCGUUUCUCACUCUAGUCCGUCUCUCCUCUUUGAUCGAUUUUCUCCGGAAAAAGCUACCCGUUUCUUUCCCGCCCUAACAAAAUUCACCAAUUUUAUCUCUCCUCCAAAUAGGAACAUGGCGGACACUCUCGAGCCUUCUACGAUCUACAUUCAUCCUCGCAGGGAAGCCUUUGAGCACGGUCUUCUUCCCAUUCCCAAGCUUAUCUUCAACGACGGCACACAAACCCUAGCUUCUCUCAAGGACAAGCUCAUCCAAAGAUCUUCUCAGUCCUCAAAUCGACGGCUAGACUCUCUCGCGAUUUCCGAGAUCCUCCAGAUUUCACCUCACCACGCUCGUCUCGUCCUCGAUACUCUUGCUUGCGUUCUUCACUCCGAUUCCGAUCCUCUCGUUACCGCCAGCCCCGACGAGGUCGAGUCUGUCGGCGUCAAUGUUUACGAUCUCAUUUUAUUUUUGUAUAUUCAGUCUUAUAAACGACUGCUUCCUCGUACGCAUAAGGAUUCUGCUUCUGUGUCUGAUGUUUGGCCAUCUACUUCCGCUUUCGAUGGUUACCUAUCGGUUCUGUCGCCAUUGCAGCUUGUGCGAAGCAACAGCAGACGCUUUUUGCCGUCACAAGCAGAUGAAGAGGCUCAUCAGUUAUCCUACCUGCAGAAGCACAUGACCAAUAUACUGUCUCUUUUAGCUGAUUCUGAAGAUGGGGAAGGAGAGAAGGAAGAAUCAAUGCAGGUUCUGAGUAUGGAAAACUUUGAGCACCUCCAAUAUCUGGUAUAUUUUGGUGAAAGAGGAUCUGAUAGAAUUCCCUUGAGCCAAGCUGCCCCGUUCUUUGCUAAUUCAGACCCUGACAUGCCUGCUGCUCCUGUUCCUGCGACCCAAGUUCAUGAAUGGCUCUUACAAAACCUAGCAUCUGCUUUGGAACAUAUUUCUGAGAGAAUCUCAACGAAAGAAAAUGGAGCAGUGUUAGAUCAGGAUGUCACCAUGGCUGAUGUGCCUUCAAGCUCUUCCAAAUCCUCUACCAAUGCUAGGGGGUCCAGUUUUAUUGAGGGGAUCUCAAAAUCAUAUUAUCUUAAGCAGGCGAGCGAUCUGAAAGUAUCUUCUGUAAAGGUGGUGAAUUGCCAUGAGUCUGUCAUUUAUGUAUUAGCUCCUUUGAGAUAUGCUACUAUUUAUGGAUGCUCUGAUACAACUGUAGUUCUUGGAGCUGUUGGCAAGGCAGUAAGGGUCGAACAUUGUGAGCGUGUUCAUGUUGUUGUAGCUGCCAAAAGAAUUUGUGCUGCCAAUUGUCGUGAAUGUAUUUUCUUUUUGGGAGUGAACCAGCCGCCUCUAAUGGUUGGUGAUAACCAUAAGUUGCAGGUGGCACCAUAUAACACGUUUUACUCGCAAUUGGAGGAGCACCUGAAACAAGUAGGCAUUGAUCCAACUGUCAACAAAUGGGAUGAAUCUGUUACAUUGGGAGUUGUUGAUCCACAUGAUUCAAUGUCACAUCCUGCAGGCGUAUCUGAUGUCCAGACUGAAUCUGCAACCUGUGUAGAUCCUGAUCAGUUUACCAAUUUUUUGAUUCCAAACUGGUUUGAUGGAGAAUCCCCUGUAACUAAAACAGACAACCCAUUCACAUUACCUUACCGUUAUAUGCAAUCUCAACAAAGAAAUCAUGACAAUCUUGGGGAACUUAAACAAAUUUUACGGGAGACCCAACUUGAGGAUAAUCGGAAGCGAGAAUUAUCGAGUGCACUCCACAUGUAUUUCAAGGAUUGGUUAUAUGCCACCGGAAAUAUCAGGCAGCUGUACUGUGUGCAAGGCGACUGAAUUUGUGAAGAAUUUAUAGUUGGUUUAGGGUACGCUCAACUCCUUAUCAAAAUCUCUCUACUCUUAUAUUGAUUGUGUCUAAUCUUUCUUCUACUGAGAAAAAGUAUGAUUACUGGUUCACGGUGGAUAUAGUCUUGCAGCCAACUUAGGCUUAAUAACCUCAGUUCUUCUCUACGAACUGGAGAUGGAGCAGAAUAAUAAGAGUAUCAUCUUGUUGUAUUAGUUUGUUUGGCCUGGUCCAGAUCGAGGGUAGUAUUGAAAUACAUCUUCAAAAUCUGUGUGUGAUGUAAUACCUGUUUAGUUCAGUUUUAUGGUUACAGAUCUAUAUAUAUAUGGUAGGAUUGUUUUCACUGUACAUGUUGGAGUUUGUUCACUUAAUGGGAAGAACAGUCAGCUUUCUUGCAAAA